CUCUGUCGACUGGAAACCUCUUGACUCGCUGCUACUGCUUCAUUUUGUAAAAGGCAUCAAAGUUAACCAAGGUACUUACCUGAUCCCUUCCCCUCUUCCCCUUCUCCAUCUCCCUACAUACGAUUCAAGUCCAGCUAUAGCCCGUUUCUAACCCAAUCGGAGUCAAGGGAAAUCCUCGAAUGCAGGCCGCUUUGUCGUCUAAACCCAUUUUUCCCACACACACCCCCCACUUCUUCAAAUCAGCACCUCGCUAGGUGUGUUGUGUUUGGUUCUGUUACACCUGCGCCCUGUACGCUAUACGCUGUACACCCUGUAACUACUUAGAAAAAAUCACGUUGAAAACAAGAAAUAUUUGUCUUGUUUCCAGAAUGGCCAGUCCAGGCCUUAAUGCCCUGCUUGUCUUGGGCCUUUUGUUGGUUUUGCUUCCCACUAAUGUGAAUGCGUUUGGUGCCGGUAAUAUCGCAUCUAUCUCGGCCGUCGAGGGCAAAAAUUGGCGCCAUGGUGAUAUCGAGGAUAUGCUCAAGGCGAUUGCCUGUAUCAAGGGUCAUAAAUGGACCUCCAUGAUGAUCAAGCGCGUUUACUUUGGGAAUUGGUUGCGCGAUUACUCCCAAGCUAUGGAUGUAGGAACCCUUAAGAGUCUUCCAGCUGAUACGAUUCGGAUUCUUGUGUGGAUUCUUUCUUUCCUUACUUUUGGUUACGCCACGGGUGAAUUCGAGGUCACCGGCGACAGACUUGGUGUGUAUCGUCCAGAGGAACAUAUUGACAACCCCAAAGACUACGCCGAUAACCAAGAUGCCCGCGAGUACGAUUCUCGAUUGCGUCCCCCCAUCCGCCAAGUCGAACUCGAUAUUGACCCUCAAACCGGUAUGAAGAACUAUAUCGCCAACGAGCGCGGAGACUGGGCCACGAGUGCCGCCUAUAUCAAGUUCAGUUUGGCUCGGAGUAUACACUAUGGAAGAAUGUACACACACGGUGGAGAUAGAAAGGGAAAUGAGGAUGACCUCUGCGAGGCGCUCCGGUGCUUGGGUCAGGGACUUCAUACUCUAGAGGAUUUUGCCGCUCAUACCAACUACAUUGAGCUUGCUCUCCGUGAGAUGGGCUUCCACAAUGUCUUCCCGCAUACCGGAACUAGCACACAGAUCAACCUUCACGGUCAUCGCGUUUUCCCUCUCGUGACGGGUACCUUCGGUAUGGUGGACUUUUUCCACUCCGUCCUUGGUGAGGCUACGGAUCACUUCACCCAGUCCGAGGUCAACGAGAUGGAUAUCGCGCUUGGAGAUGCCCAGGCCAACUCUUCUGGUAGCUCGAUCGGUGCUUUCACGGGACUUUUGGGCAAGAUCCCUGGGACCAAAGAGCUUGUCAUGGAGGCCGAAGACCUCAAGCGUCAGUCCGAUGCUCAGAAUUCCAGGAACCAGCAAAGUGGAUCUCGGUCUGGCUAUGGAGCUUCCCACGGAAGCAGUCGAGGCUUGGGAGAUGACAUGGCCAGGGCAUCCGAGUCUGGCCACUCUUCCGGUGGUGGGAUGCAGGACUUUGAUCCGAAGGAGACGAUCGCUAAGAUCUAUCCCAUCCUUCAGUUCAGAGAUAAGGUUGUGCGAAGACUUUCGGGUAUCAUCGAGAAGAUUCCGGGAUUGGAGACAGUCGUGGAGAAGAUCUCAGAGACUCUGACUGUUUUCAUCAUGUCCUUGCUGGCCCCGUUCAUUCGUCCCGUUAUCAACCUUGCUUCCCAAUCGCUGCAGACUGGUUCAGCCGGUGUCAUUGAUGCCUCUGGCAAGCACCAGUAUGAGCCCUGGACCGACCCGUCCUGCACCGAUCCUACCCACUCGUUGCUGUCCAAGGACCACUUCUCCAACAUCCUCAACGAGCCUGCCGGUCAGGUGGCCUCGGCUAUUCUCCAAUACGUCGCUCCCCGUGUUCUCUACGCCUGGGAGCACGUUGACGUGCACGACCAGGAGGUUCUGGCAGAUUGCCUGCGUGUAUUCCACCACCCCGCUCUUCGUGACAUGAACAACGACGCCCACCGAACCAUGUUCGAGGCUGUCAAGUCCUGGGCUCACUCCAGACCCGGUGGCGGUUCUGACCUGAACGAUAUCCUCAGCUCUGAGGGUGUCAAGUCGGGCAAGAACAACGGAGGAGAAGUCGGCCAUUCCCACGGAGGCGGUGGUCAUUCCCACGGAGGAGGUGGCUUUUCUGCAAUGGGAGGUGCUGGCCAAAGACCACCCCAGCAGCAACCCCAACAGCAACAGCAAUCUUCAUCCGGCGGCUCGGGUCUUCCCUGGGAGCAACUCUCCAAGCUUCCCAUCCCGGGUAUCUCCAAGAUGAACAAGCUAUCUAGUCUCCUUGGGGGCGGAGCAACAAGAGAGGUUCACGGUGGCUCUGAAGGUCACUCUUCCCACGAGCACCACGCCGGACAUAGCACCCACGGUGGCUACGCUGGCAGUAACCACAGCCACAGCAGUCACCACGGAGCCUACCAGCCCCAGCCCUCUUUCGGACAUGCCAGUCACGGCCACACCCAUGGCCAUAAUCAACACGAGCACCAGCAUCAGCAUCAGCAUCACCACCAGCACCACCAGCACCAGCACCACUCACACCAACCUCACCACAACCACGGUUCAGGAGGUUACGGUGGUGGUGGAUAUGGACACGGUGGCUACCAAUACUAGAUAAGGUGCAAUCGAACUUGAACGACGAUGAUGGAAUGUAUAUUCACGACCCAGUUUAUGAGUUGAUGGCUUUACUACAUACAACAUACAUGACGAUACUUUUGGAGAUAAAAAAGGACAUAUGAUGGGAGAGGCUGUUUGGUUGUGAUUAGAUUUAGUUAUAUGUUUGAAUAUACAUUUUUUGACUGUAUAUGAAUUGAAUAACCAUGGUACAUGCAUACUUUUUCCUUUGGAUGCCUAUAACGAACCUUGGUGCUGGA